GACGGGUCCCGCCCACUAGCUUGGUUGCUCAGCUGUUGUUGUCAGAUAGCCCCUACAAUGCUCCUACUGUAUACUAGCCUAACCAUUACGGCCUAGACAUCUCACCAACUGUAUGCUAGCGGUACCAUUACGGCCUACAUACCUCACCUUUUGUGUACCAACGUCACCAUUAGGGCCGAAACAGAAGUGGCUCGUUACGGAACCACGUGCCAGUGACUUUUAUUGGUGUUGCAUUCCUAAGAUCAACAACCAGCUGCCAUGGCCUACGGUGGGGUCCCACAAGUGGGGGGCUCCUACUGGCCCUCCAGGGUGGAGCUGACCAUCUCCUGUGAGAACCUCAUGGAUAUGGAUGUCUUCUCAAAAUCCGACCCUCUGUGUGCCUUGUAUAUUAAUGCCUCUGGCUCACAGUGGCAUGAGUUAGGGCGCACAGAGAUGAUCCUGAACUGCUUGAAUCCAAAGUUUGCAAAGAAGUUCUUAAUUGACUAUCAUUUUGAGACAGUGCAGAGGUUGAAGUUUUGCUUGUACGACAUUGACAACGACACCUACGACUUGGCGGAUGAUGAUUUUCUCGGGGAGCUCGAAUGCACCUUAGGCCAGAUUGUUUCUAACAAGCAGAUGACUCGCCCUUUAUUGCUGAAGGAUGGGCGGCUUGCAGGUCGUGGUACGAUCACAAUCAGUGCUGAGGAAAUAACAGACACCAGGGUAGCACGUUUUGAAGUGUGUGCACGCAGGCUGGACAAAAAGUUUUUGUGGUGGUCCGACCCGUUUCUGGAAUUCUACAAGCAGACAGAGACCGGAUGGCAGCUGGCUCAUAGGACGGAGGUGAUAAAGAAGAACCUCAACCCCACAUGGAGACCCUUCAGCAUCUCUCUGCGAUCUCUGUGUGGAGGAGAUGCUGAGAGGACUAUAAAGGUUGACUGUUACGACCAUCACGUCAACGGCUCCCACGCGCUCAUUGGGAGCUUUACGAGCACCCUGGCUCAGAUGCAAACCGGAACGCACGUUUCCCCUGUCGAGUGUGAGUGCAUCAACCCAAAGAAGGUCAAGAAAGACUACAAGAACUCAGGGCUCGUUUGCAUCAAGCGCUGUCAGGUGGAGACUGAGUACACCUUCCUGGAUUACAUCAUGGGCGGAUGCCAGCUUAACUUCACUAUUGCUAUUGACUUCACUGGCUCCAAUGGUGACCCAAAGUCCCCCAGCUCCCUCCAUUACAUCAACCCUGAGGGCUACAAUGAAUACCUGUCAGCCAUCUGGGCCGUGGGGAACGUCAUCCAGGACUAUGACAGUAACAAGAAGUUUCCUGUCUUUGGAUUUGGAGCCCAGGUGCCUCCCUCGUGGCAGGUUUCCCAUGAGUUUGCCGUCAAUUUUAAUCCAUCAAAUCCAUUCUGCGAUGGCAUUGAAGGCGUGGUACGUGCCUAUCAGCAGUGUCUCCCCCAACUCAAACUCUGGGGUCCAACCAACUUCUCCCCAAUCAUCAACCACGUGGCCUGCUUCGCCAGGCAAGCUCUCUACCACCACAAAGCUACUCAGUACUAUGUGCUGCUCAUCAUCACAGACGGCGUGAUCACAGACAUGGACCUGACACGCACCGCCAUCGUGGAGGCCUCUCACCUGCCCAUGUCCAUCAUCAUCGUGGGCGUCGGCGGCGCAGACUUCAGCGCAAUGGAGUUUCUGGACAGCGAUGACAAAGCCCUGCUCUCAGCCAGCGGCAAAGCAGCGGCACGAGACAUCGUCCAGUUUGUGCCUUUCAGACAUUUCCACGGAAACAGUGUGGCGCUAACGCACAGUGUCCUGGCAGAGCUUCCUGAUCAGGUGUCAUCCUUCUUCAACUCCUACAAGCUGAAACCUCCCAAUGUAUGCGCCCCUUAGGAAUUUGGGUAUCAAUCUGGUCCAGUGUGUCUGCAUCCCCCCCAUCACCCUCUGUGUCUCUUAUAUCGCAUGAAACAUAUUUGUAACGAGAAUGGACAGGAUUGUCGUAAUGCCCGCCACAACCACCACUCCAAGACUGUCCUCCCCUCUAGCCCACUAGUGGCGCUGGCAGAAAAUACAUUUGAAGCCCCCCCGAAGCCAAAAGAUGACAUUUCCAUCACCCAUAUACGGUCUCACCAAUAUCACUAAUGAUAUUAAUACGUGUUUACUCUCCUAUGGAGUCCUAGUCACCUCAUCCCAGUAUCGAUAGUUGAUACUUGGCAACGUUUACUCUCCUAUGAAGUCAUACUUCCCACUUGGAGUCUUACCGUAUCACUAAUGAUAUUGAUAUUUGACUCUAUGGGAGGAGUUAUUAUACUUCCAUAUUACCUCUGACCAAGAAACUGUUCUUUAGCUUUACACAUGUCAGACUCUAAUAUACAAUUUCAUGAUCUUUCUUUCAUUUAUUUCUGUAUGUUUAGUUGACUUUGAGCAACUAAACAUAAAGCUGCAUAAAGCUAAAGCUGCAUUGUGAAGGUGUUAAAAUUGACAUGUAGAUUAACACAA